ACUCGACUAGUAUCUCAUUUAAUCUUCUUCGUCUUCUUGCGAGCAGGACCGACCGGGGACUCGCAUGGAUCCGACCGAAAGACGUCCAUCGUCCGACCUCCCACCGGAUAUUCUCUCCAUGAUCGGCGGGAGGCUCGACAACCCCAUGGACAUCCUCCGAUUCCGCAGCGUCUGCUCUCCAUUCCGCUCCUCGAUCCCUCCGCUCCGCCGCAACACCUCGCGAGUCGCUUUCCAGGUCCCUUGCCCGACGAGCGAAGCCGUCUUCCCCCGCCCGAGCGCCGCCGUCUUCCUCUGCUGGAGCACGGUCUACGCCCUCGAGACGCCGGAGGGAGCCGCCUCCGGUCCCGCGCGGUGGCUGCUGAAGCUUGAGGAGCUGGAACUCGGGCGCGUGCGGAUCCUCAGCCUCUUCUCGCAGGGGCGGAUGGCGUUCUUGCCCCGCGAGUUCCCGAAGGUACUCGAUUUUCUCCAAUUCCGAAUGGUCGAAAUCUGUAGAGAAUACACGCUCGAUUAUGAUAGUCGAACCAGAGGCCUCGUUCAUGUUGAAGGUAUACGGAAAGUAUUGAUGCAUCCGGAUUGUGUGGGGUCUGAUUUAGAUCGGUGUUCAGUUUAUUUCAUUGAUGAAUAUGGGCAGUUAGCUUAUUGGAGGUACGGAGAUGAGAAUUGGAGUCAUUUAGAUCAUCCAGAGGACUUUGUAUUCGAUGACAUCGCAGUCUAUAAUGGCAAAGUCUGCGCCGUCGAUUAUUUCGGGUUGGUUUGGGAGAUCAAUGAAUCGUUCGGGCUUCAACCUUUUCCGACGUCAAUCUAUGGCAGCAACAGCAACCACCACCCCGAUGACGACGGGAAGUAUUUGGUGGUGUCAAGUGGCGAUCUUUAUGUAGUGGACACAUACUAUAGGGAUGGUGCAAAUGAGAGUCACCCAUUUUAUACUGUGAAUACGAGCAUGGAUUAUUUUAGAGUCUUUAGAUGGGAUCGACAACGGAGGAGAUGGGAGGAGGUGAGAAGCUUGGGCAAUUCAGCUUUUUUUCUUUGCAAGCGCCGCUCGUUCGCCCUCCCACCGUGCGAGCUUGGUGGGUGCCACGGGAAUUGCAUCUACUACGCGGAGGAAGCCGAUUCCAUUUUCUCAAUGAUAGACGUGAAGGUGUUCAGUUUGGCAGAUCGUAGCAUCAAGUGCCUGGACUUCUCUGACUCCAUACUGGGCAUGAUGAACACCUCCCGACUCAAGUAAACCGAAGUCGAUAACGCCUUGCAGACCCAAAUUGUACAUCCGCAAGUAGGUUAGAUCGUGAACUUCUGUGAUGUCUUUCUGUGGAUCAGGAUCUGAUUUUGCAUCUACUACAUGGAGAACACCGAUUCCCCUUACUUGAGAGACGAAGUUAAUGUGUUUAGCUUGGAUGACUGUAGCAUCAAGUGGCUGGUCUUUUCUGACUUCUUAAUGAGCACACGGGGCACCUCUGAUUUGACUUGACCGAAACCAACACCUUCCAGGUCUGAAGAGUACAUCGAUUAGACCAGGUUAGUCCUGAAUAUAAGAUCUGAAAUAGGUGAAGGUGUAAUUUAUCUGUACUUGAGCAUGUCUCUGCCCGGGCAUAUCGGGGUUUAGAUUUUCCUUUCCCUAGUUAUGCAAUGGCACACUUGCGUGCUUGAAUGUAUCUAAUCUCCUUCAUACUUGUAUUCUAGAAUGGAAUAUCAAUACAAAAUAAUGUGUGGUGCCUUUAGGAAUGAUAUUCUGAUUUA